AUGACGCCGUCGGACGAAAGCCAACACAGCGACGUGACUGCUGGGACGGUAAGAACUUACAAAGUUAGAAGGGGAGGUAACCCAUCCAGGGAAAACUCCUUGCGCCGAACUGCCAACCGAACGGAAGACCCACUAUUCAGUUACCCAGAAGAUUUCCAGUUGGAUGAGCCCAUUUUGCUUAACGGUGAGGAGGCAGAGAGUUGUCCUGAUGGCAGUCUUGCUCAAAUGAAAAAAAACACGAACGACGAGGGGAGUAGCUAUGACUCCCUGGUGGAAGACUUUUUUGAAAACGCCAUAAAAAAUGCCGAAAAAGGAAAACAGGAGGGGGGAAGGGUGCCAAGUGGGAAAAGUGAGCAAAGCGCACCAAGUGCGGAAGGCGACGGGGGCUCAGAGGAGGAUGCAAAGGCGAAGGAGGACAAAAAAGACUCACAAAAAAUAAGCAUUAAAAAAGAAGUAAUACAAUGGAAUAGCGAAAUGUUAAGGAGAAAUCUGAACAAACCACGAAUGCCUUUAAUGAGGAGGAAAAAAAAAAGUAUGCACAUGGUGACAAGAAAAAAAAAAAAAAAUGAUGCCAAAGGGAAGAGUGCCAAAAUGACUAGCCAGGCCAAACACGCCAACGAGUGGAAUAGCUACCAGAACGACUUGGACAAAUAUAGACUCACCAAAGAAGAACUGGAGCAGAAGAGAAACAGCUUGAAGUCCAAAAAUUUAGACAAAGUGAAAGUCGAGUAUCAGCAAAGGUUGCAACGGAUGAGGACCGGGAAGAACAACGACCCCCCGGCCCGCAAGUCGGCCCCUGCCACGUCAGAUACCACAAGAGGAAUCACAAGGCCAACUACGGUCAUCGGCUCUGCGACCACCGCUACCGGCACUGCACCUCCCAACGGGGUGCACAUAAAAUCAAACGAAGAACCGACGCUUAACGAGUGUGACCCACGUAGGGAAGGAACACAUCGAUGUUGCUCCGACCAACGUAGUAGAAAAAAGAACCACUCAAAAUUAAAACAAACCAGUACUGAUAAAGUGCAUAAAAGGAUGAAGGAAAGGGGGGGACAUAGUUUGUCCGAUGUGAACAACAACCAUCUAGGUAGCCCUUAUAGCGACGCUGGCCCUUCAUACAUGUACAGUAAUGAAGGAAAGUACCCCUCGCUAAACUUAAUCCACAGUGAUGGUUCCUCCUCAGGUGGGCAAUAUACUGAAUGGGGCAAGCAAAACAGGAGAGUGACCCAACAAAAGGAUAGACACCCCCCUAACGGCAGAUACCACAUUGGGGAAAAUAAACAAAGAAACAAACGUACACAUUUGGACAAAUGGAGUUCCCCAAAUGAGUCACAUAGAUCGGGUCAAUUUCGAGAGAACCCACCUUUCCGUGGAGAUCACCUUGGUAGCAGCGGCGAGUAUAGCAGUCUGCUAAGUGUACUCUCCAGCGAGUGCGAAUUUGACGUCUUCUCCUCCCAUUCGAUGAGGCGUAAAGGGAAAAAUGCCCCACAAGAAGGUACAAACAAGUGGAGGGACAAAUGGUAUGCUAACCACGAAGCAGAGCCCCCCUCGUGGGCAAAAAAGAAGAGAACCCGCAAACAUUUUUAUUCACAUAACAACCGUAGUGACAGUGAUCGCAUGACGAUCUCGACCGACAGGUCAGCAUCCACAGGAGAGAGUACCAUGGACUACUUUACGCAAGAGUUGAAGAAGAGGAACGAAGUUCUUUCACCCGUUAUGGACAGGAUUAACAUCAGAACGGACCCUUUGGAGGACCUUGCCCCUGUGGGCAGGAAGGAAUUCAUAGAAAAAAAAUUUUACCCAAACUUGGGAAUUAAGUUAUUCCCUCAGGAAGGUUAUAUGUCAACGCACUCUAACAGUUCCCCCUCCAGUGGUGUCUCUUCCGCGAGUACUACCCAUGUAGAUCACUUGUGGGACUCCGAUUACACAGAUGAAAUAGAAAAACUAAGGUGCACCCCCCAGAUGGACCAAGACAUACUAAGGCUGAAAAAAGUCAAACUGGAGACAUUCAACUGUAUUAAAAAGAUGGUGCAGUCGGUUAGGACGUUCAUUUGUGAAGGGGACCUAGAGGAAGCGCCGUCAAUAGGAGAGAAAGCAUCACCUCGUGGAGCGCAUCGGAUGGUGGAACGAAUGGGAGACAACCCAUUGAUGGAGCUUCUCUUUCGCGAAAACGAGAAAGUUUACACAGAUACGCAGUCGUCCCGGAUACAACAAGAGGGCUACACAAAUGAAGAACCGGAGGAACAUUACGAAGGACCCAAAUCAAUCCAUAGUGAAUAUAGUAAUUACGUGUACUUAGAUCAGCUACACCAAGGGGAUGAUAUGUCCAUUUCAACCCCUUUGAGCAGUCAUAAAAUGGAAGUAGCGCUCCAUCAGGACCAUCUGCGUGAUGUACCAGCGGGGGUAAGUUCGAAUUCGCGUGGACACUUGUCCAGGUUGGACCUGACUGGGAGUGACUUCCAAAAUGAGGGGGGCCUCGACGAUGAGGUGGCAUUUGUUCCCCAGGGAAGCAGUCCACGCGGUUGGAAGGGUCAUCAAGUGGGGAAAACCACCCCAGAGACAGAUACAGCCACUGCUAAUAUGACCACCGCUGACCUACACGACGGGGAGAAGCUCAGGCGGCCAGACUCAGCUACACGUGCUUCAAAAAAGGGACCCCUGAUGAAACCGCGCAGCGAUGCAAAGCAAUCCCAGAGGGUCCCCAACAAAAAGGAAAGUAACCAAAGCGUCGAGUCAAUUUCAAGUACAUCGAAGGGCAGUCGGCAAGGUACCCUCAAGACGAAAGUUCACUCCGGAGUAGACGCCAGAAAUGCGAGUCAGCCGACCCGUAAUAGUACGCGCAAGGAAAAAAACACGUUUAACGAAACGAGGACACUGUUGAGGGGUAAAGUAAAGGGUGAGGCAAAAGGUGCGAAGUUGGCACCGCGCAGGAAGGUCAGCGGUGUGCACGCUACUGGAGGAACGACAAACGGUGCAGUGAAGGAUGUAAUGGCCAACACAACUGCCGACUCGCGCAACCAGCGACUAAUCAGUCAGAAAAUUUUAAACACGUCCAUCAACUUCGACGAAACGCAGAACCUGAGUGAUGAAGACCAAUUCAUCUUUGAUACCUACCUGAAUGAGGUAGCCGAUAAGCGGGAGGACAAUUUGGAGGACAUCAUCCGGAACCAAGUCGCACUGUUCGAGCGUGACUUCCUAUGA